UCACACGGGUGCUUACACGGGGCUGGCUGUGAGGAUGGCUGGCUUCGCGGAGCUUGGGCUGUCAUCCUGGCUCGUGGAACAAUGUCGGCAGCUGGGUUUGAAGCAGCCCACGCCCGUGCAGCUCGGCUGCAUUCCCGCCAUCCUGGAAGGUCGGGACUGCCUGGGCUGUGCCAAGACAGGCAGUGGCAAGACGGCAGCGUUUGUCCUGCCCAUCUUGCAGAAGCUGUCUGAGGAUCCCUAUGGCAUCUUCUGCCUCGUCCUGACACCUACCAGGGAGCUGGCCUACCAGAUCGCAGAGCAGUUCCGGGUCCUGGGGAAGCCUCUGGGCUUGAAAGACUGCAUCGUUGUCGGCGGCAUGGACAUGGUGGCCCAGGCCUUGGAGCUCUCCCGGAAACCACAUGUGGUCAUCGCCACACCAGGGCGCCUGGCUGACCACCUCCGCAGCUCCAAUACCUUCAGCAUAAAGAAGAUUUGCUUCCUGGUGAUGGAUGAGGCGGACCGGCUGUUGGAGCAGGGCUGCACUGACUUCACCGUGGACCUGGAGGCCAUCCUGGCGGCUGUGCCAGCCCGCAGGCAGACGCUGCUCUUCAGUGCCACGCUGACCGACACGCUGAGGGAGCUGCAGGGCCUGGCCACCAACCAGCCCUUCUUCUGGGAGGCUCAGGCCCCUGUGCGCACAGUAGAACAGCUGGACCAGCGCUACCUGCUAGUGCCUGAGAAGGUCAAGGAUGCCUACCUGGUCCACCUGAUCCAGAACUUCCAGGACGAGCACGAGGACUGGUCCAUCAUCAUCUUCACCAACACAUGCAAGACCUGCCAGAUUCUGUGCAUGAUGCUGCGCAAAUUCAACUUCCCCACCGUGGCUCUGCAUUCCAUGAUGAAACAGAAAGAACGCUUUGCCGCCCUGGCCAAGUUCAAGUCCAGCAUCUACCGGAUCCUGAUCGCGACAGAUGUGGCCUCCCGGGGCCUGGACAUUCCCACGGUGCAGGUGGUCAUCAACCACAACACCCCUGGGCUCCCGAAGAUCUACAUCCACCGAGUCGGCCGGACGGCCCGUGCGGGGCGGCAGGGACAGGCCAUCACGCUGGUGACGCAGUAUGACAUCCACCUGGUACACGCCAUCGAGGAGCAGAUCAAGAAGAAGCUGGAGGAGUUCUCGGUGGAGGAAGCUGAGGUGCUACAGAUCCUCACACAGGUCAACGUGGUGCGGAGGGAGUGUGAGAUUAAACUGGAGGCAGCCAACUUUGAUGAAAAGAAAGAGAUUAAUAAGCGGAAGCAGAUGAUCCUGGAGGGGAAGGAUCCCGACCUGGAGGCCAAGCGCAAAGCUGAGCUGGCCAAAAUCAAGCAGAAGAACCGGCGCUUCAAGAAGAAAGUGGAGCAGGCGCUGCAGCGGCAGAAGGCCAGCGGGGCUGGCCACAGGGGAUGUCCAUCCAGGGCCCAGCCUGAGGCCUGCUUGUCCCCAGCACCCGCUCAGGGCCCGGCCUGAGUUCCGCACAGCCCCUGUCUGCCCAGCCUGGGACGCCUUCAUCCAGCUGAAGGUUGGAGGGUCCUCCCCUCAGGAUAAUCCCGCCUCCCAGCCAGUCUGCCCAGUCCCCCUCAGUGGAGCCCACGGACACCCACGUGCAGUGCACAGCCCUCCACCCCACCCUGCAGCCGCUGGGGGCCCCUCCUCAGAACCUUGGCCAAGAGGCAGGCUGCAGAGGAGGAAAGAACGCUAUGAGGUUGGGCCCAAGUCCACGUACAGUGACCCCAGCCCAGGGUCACCCUGGGGGUGCCGUGGGGCCCCAGAGCGAAGGUGUGUCGCUUGCAGGAGAUGCUCAAUAAAUGAGUCUUGACUUCCCCAGUCUGACUCUCGGUGGGGGCAGAGAGA